CCGAAGAUCGAGCAGACAUGCAACGUGGACGGACAGCACCUGUGGGCAUUUCAAUAGCUACCACGCCUCCGGUACAAGACCACCAUGUCUCCUUUGGCUGUGGUCCUGCUGGCUCUGGCAGUGGGUGUUCCGUCGGAGGCGGCGAACAUCUUGGCGCCCGUGUGGUUCUCUGGCUCCAGCCACUUCGCCAUGUUCGGGCGACUCUUCAGGGAGCUGGCGGCUAGAGGGCACAACGUCACAGUCAUCAGCCAGUUCCCGCUGAAGACUCCUCUCAAGAACUACCGCGACGUGAGCAUAGCAUCAAACGAGAAAAAGCCAGAGCUGACCUGGGACCUGAUAGAGCGGGCCCGCUCCCCGCCGGUGAGCGCCAUCAUCAUGAAGUACAUCGCCAGGCAGCAGUGCACCGACGCCCUGGCACUGCCCCAGGUGCGGCGCGUGCUCUCCUCCGGCGACCACUACGACCUCGUCAUCACCGAGUUCUUCCACGCCGACUGCAUGGCCGCGUUUGCCGCAAAAUUCGGAGUCCCGCUGGUCGGCAUCACUUCCAGCAUGGCUCUGCCUAGGGUGUAUGAUAGGGACUUGCGUUCGUACAUCGACAAGAGCCGUCACGGAGUGAUCUACUUCAGCCUGGGCUCCAUGGUGAAGACCAGCUCGUUACCGGCGGAGAAGCUGCGCUCCAUCAUCGAUGCCUUUGCUGCGGUGCCGCAGAACGUCCUGUGGAGGGUGGACCCGUCCUCUCUGCCACCGCUGCCACCCAACGUCAGGGCAGAGACGUGGAUGCCGCAGAAUGACAUACUCAACCACCAAAACGUGCACGUCCUCAUAACGCAUGGUGGACUGAUGGGCAUCCAGGAGGCUGUGAUGGCAGGUGUACCAGUGCUGGCGGUGCCUCUGUUUGCCGACCAGUACCUCAAUGCAGAGAGGGUCGCUGCCUCAGGCAGCGGAAUCUGCCUGCACUUUGAGGACCUCACCACACAGACGCUGAGGGCCGCGCUCGAUGCUCUCGUCAACGACACCAGGUAUCGGGAGCAGGCGAAGCAUCUGUCCCUGCUGUUCCGCGACCGCCCUCGGCCGCCACUGGAGGAGGCGGUCUACUGGGUGGAGUACGUGCUGCGCCACCAGGGGGCACCACAUCUCAGGUCCGCCGCCCUUGACCUCACCUGGUACGAGCUCCUGCUCCUCGAUGUUGCCACCUUCCUGGUGGCAGUGGCACUGACUCUGUGCCUUAUCUUCUGCCAACUCACAUCAUACCUUAAACGCAAUUUCAGCCAAAAACAGAAAGUUAAAACUAACUGAUCAGUGAAAUUUGUCUCAACACUUUCAGCAGAUCGCUAUCUCCUUUACCAAGGAAUAUGGGAACAGCCUUCCCGACAUCUCCAAAAGCAUUUUCUAUUUAAUGAAAGGCAUCUUAGUAAAUAAAAUUCUACAAGGGUAGCCCAAUACGUUCUUUGGGUGGUAUUGCGACAGCAUAGAAAGUAUGGGCAAAAUGUGGUAUGUGUAUUCAAUUUCAAAAUUAUUUACAUUAGCUGAAAAACACUUUCAGCAUCAGUUACUCCUCUGGUGGAAACUCUGGAAAGGUUUCAUCUGGAAUUGAGUGUAGCAUCGAUGUCAGAUAUUCGAUAUCCAUUGAAAUGUGAUGCAAGAGCUGUGUACUGAGACUACUGUGAUGGCCGACCCAGCUUUGAAUGGAACUGGUUGUACCAAGCCUCACCCUGUAUUAUGAUGAUUUGCAGGAAAGACGAUUCUACAGAUACAUGAGGCAAUGAAAUCUCUAGCAGUUACCAGUUGUGAUGUCUUCUACCUGUCACAUCCUCCACUUACCCUAUCCUUGUGAAUGAUGGCAUGAGCACUAGCCUUGUUAAUGCCAAAUUCAUCAGAUACCUAUCUCACUGGCCAUUCCAAUACCAUAUGGGAUGUAGGAGGGUUGAAUGCUUAAAUGCUUCUGUGAAUGCUGUGAUUAGUGAAAUCUUGUCUUGGCAGAGUCAACAUGGGAGAUACAUAGGGAGCUAAAGUCUAUUCCUAAAUCCUUUACUUCAUACUGGUUCUUGAAACUUUGUAAAUAGACUUUCAUGGGAUAACUGGCAUCUAUCUUCAAGUUUAUACCAGUUCAGAUGUUUCAGCAUUUCUGUGGAAUUCUCCUAGGAGUCAAAUAUACCUUUGACUAUUUGUGCUGCUCUUUUUUUUAUAUACUUUUAAUAUCCUCUGUUAUUCCUCUUUCUUACGGGUCCCACACAUAUGAGAAAUAUUCUAACAACUCCUUGAGUGCAAGGUCACAAGUUCAGUGUUU